AUGUCUCGUACCGCUGGACAGCCGCCUGGCCAAGGCUUUCGCCAUCCGGACCCACAGAUAGGCGGUGGGUAUGAUCCUUCUUACGAUUACACGACCGGACCGCAACACCAAGCCUACGAUCGUGAUGGCUACCCGGUACCCGCCAGUGCAGCAGCCCCUCAAGGCGCCUACGACCCGAAUCAUUUCGCUCCACCUCCGCGCUCAGAGUACGGGAGCAAUGCUGGCACCUACGAGCAAGAACGAGCCUAUGCACCACAAGACCGCGCAAUGCCCGCAGAGGCAGAACCGCAAGCUCUAGCUCCUUACGACGAGGAGAAAGCGUGGGCACAGUAUCAUGAAGCAUAUGGCCCACCGCCCUCCGAGCGAAGCUAUGCACGACAGGCAAGACCCGCACCGCCUCCUGCGACAGAGUCGUACGACAGUCGCUAUGACGAUCGACGGUAUGAAGAUCGACGGUAUGAUGACGGAGGACGGGCACGAUAUGACGAUCGAGAUCACAGACGUCGACAGAGCAGAGGCUAUGAUGACUACGACUACGAUGGCCGUGACCGAGCUCGCCCACCACGACAUGAAGAGGACCGCAAACGUCGCUCUCCUCCCAGCGGCAAAAGCGGUAAAGACGUUCUUGGAGGAGGCGACGGCGAACGCGGUCUAGGUGCUACCCUCCUCGGCGGCGCAGCAGGCGCCUACCUGGGCGACCAAGCCAACAAAUCUGUUCUUGGAACGGUAGGCGGUGCGGUCUUGGGAGCUUUGGCGGCUAAAGCAGGCGAGAAACAGUGGGAUAAGCGGGAGAAGAAGAAAGAGGCACGAGGAUCGAGAGAUGAGAAGGAUGUGGCGACGAGGAGGAGGUUGGAUGAUGAGUAUCGAAGUAGUGGUGGAGAUCCCUAUUAUGGUGGUAGAGGGGCAGGUAGUGCUGAUGGUGGCCGACCGAGGAGGCGGGAAGAGGCGGCGCCGCCGAGGAGAAGGAGAAGGAGAGAGGAGAGCUCGAGCGACAGCUACACGAGUGAUGAUUGA